AUGCAGGUCCCUCUUAUCCGGCUCCAAUGCGGCGUCAACAGCUACGACUGGGGGAAGAUUGGCAAGUCGUCUGCUGCCGCCAAGUUCGCUGCUGCGACGGCAUCGAGCGACUUCUCCAUUCAGGAGGAGAAACCCUACGCUGAGCUAUGGAUGGGAACACACCCGUCGCUACCUUCCAAGGACCUCGAAACCCAACGAACGCUGCUGGACCUAGUCCAGGAUAACCAAGCGCUUCUUUCUAAGGACAUUGCUGAGCGCUAUGGCAAUAAACUGCCCUUCCUCUUCAAGGUCUUGUCCAUCAAUAAGGCCCUGAGUAUCCAGGCCCAUCCAAACAAGAAGCUUGCUGAACAGCUGCAUGCGAAAGACCCCAAGAACUAUCCAGACGACAACCACAAGCCGGAAAUGACCAUUGCCGUCACCCCCUUCGACGGACUCUGCGGUUUCCGUCCCCUCGCCGAGAUCUCACAUUUCUUCAAGCAUGUCUCGUCGUUCCGAAAGCUCGUCGGGGAAGAGGAAGCGAAGAACUUCGAGGAUACUGUUAAAGGCAAGGAGACUUCAGACAAGGAAGAGGACAUGCAGGCAAACAAGAAAGCUCUACAGUCCGCAUUCACCAAACUCAUGAAUGCGGACAAGGACGCGCUGGCAGCUGCAACCGAGGAGCUUCUCCAAGCAGCCAAGACGGAGGGUGCAAGCUUUGCGGGAGAGGGAGGUCCCACAAACGGCGGCAAGGAGCUCGCAGACCUUGUCAUCCGCCUCAACGACGAGUUCCCCGCUGACAUCGGCCUGUUCGUGCAAUUCUUCCUCAAUUACGUCCAGCUCGAGAUCGGAGAGGCGAUGUUCCUCAAGGCGGACGACAUCCACGCAUACCUUUCCGGCGACAUCAUCGAGUGCAUGGCGUCGUCCGAUAACGUUGUUCGCGCGGGCUUCACGCCGAAAUUCAAGGAUGUCAGCACGCUGACUACUAUGCUAACAUAUUCUUAUGCCCCGAUCAGUGAGCAAAAGAUGGACCCAACCGACUACCCUUACGUCACUCUGAAUGCUGCCGCCUACAGCUCGAACUCCUCUAGCAAAUUGUACGACCCGCCGAUUCCCGAAUUUGCCGUCGUACGGACAGCCUUGAACAAAUCGGGCGCAAAGGCGACCUUCGAUCCCAUUCAAGGACCAAGCAUUGUCCUUUGCACGAAGGGAAAGGGCACCAUCAGUGUCGGGCCAAAGAAGGAGAAAAUCGAAGAGGGUUACGUCUUCUUUGUUGGUGCUACGGCUGAAGUCGUCUUGGAGAGUGAGGCAGAUGCAGAGGAUGGAGAGGGCAUGGUGACGUUCAAGGCAUUCUGCGAGCUUGAGGAUCAUGAGCAGAAGCUAUGA